AUGACUGAUUCAUCGGGAGUUGGAUCUGAAGCUGAAAAGCACUUUCACAAAUCGAAAUCAAUCAAAAGUCUACAGCUGCCUGAUCAUUCCAGAAGUAAUUGUCUGUCAAAUCUCUCUGAAAAUACAAGCAUUUCAAGUAAAUCGUCUAUCAACUCGCCAGUUGGUAACACUGUCACAGAUAAAUCUGACCAGUUUUCAACAUGCAGCACUAAUCUUGUAGAUAAAUUGCGUCCAACUCCCUAUGAAUCAUUUGUGUGUACUGAGAAUACUAAUUCGCAUAACUCAAUAGAUUGUAGGAAUAAAAAUACAAAACAACAACUUGAACCCAUUGAUGAUUACGAUGAAGUGCUGUUGUCUAUGUGGCGUCGUUUAUUCGCUCAGCUGAAUAAGAAAUUACCUAAUCUUUGUCUUUGUAUGCAAUACAGUAAUAAUAAUGAUGGUGUAUACAGUGGUCGAAUACCACCAUGGUUGGAAUGUGCCAAUAAUUGUCGAUUUUACCAAAAACCUGAAGGUAUGCGCAUGUUUAUAGAGAAUAUGAGUAAUAGUAGUGUGGGGAAUGAGAUCACUUUAUUCUGUACUAUUCACAUUUCAUUUCACAUCGAAAUACGCCUUAGUAUAGUAUCUGGAUGCUGA